UCACUCGGACCCGCGGAAGGGACGGACCGGGGUUUUCCUCUGCAGUACUCCGGUUUUCCAUUUUUUUUGCGUGUGCUGACAUGGCUGCUGCAGGGCGAACGGUCGGCGACGGCCCGGCUGGAGUUUUAUCGCGACAAUAACGUAGUCGUUCGCUCGUCGCAUUCGCACCGCAGACGACUGCACGACCCCGCAACAAUAUUAUAAUAACGCCGACGACGAAAAUAAUACAUUUGUUAUUAUUAUGGGAAACAAAUGCUGCAAAAACCAGUCGUCCACGUACAGUAGCGCCAACGCGACCAUCAGAUCGUUCUCGUCGUACAACUCUUCGAUCCUCCGAUCGGGCGGAAGUCAUGCAAUCACUUUUGGAACCUCUACUCGCGCUGGUGACUCCUUGACCACCCUCACCAUGAAGUCGAGUAAUAACUCGGAUGUUGGUAGUAAGGAUUACCGAGGUGGUUCAUCGAGCACUGUUGGCCAAGAAGAUCUGAUUCCAAUAUUUUUGAGACGCCUUAACGACCUUAAUAUCAGAGUCGGAACCAGAACUAGGUUUUUGAUCGAGCUCGACGACGCUACUGGUGUUCAGGUCCGUUGGUACCACAACAACGUAGAGGCCGACAAUGAAAGAUACCAGUACAUUCACGAGGGAGGGUUUUAUUGUUUGGACAUUGUUCCUGUGACGUUGUUCGACGAAGGUCUAUGGGUGUGCACCGCACAGAACUACGCCGGGAAAUCGUCAACCGCUGCUCAUCUAUCGCUAACCAUUCCGAAAGCGUUUAAAAAACCAAUUUUCGUCGAGCAGCUGAAGGCAGUACUAACACAGCGUGGAAUCGUCUCACUGGAGUGCAAGGUGAUCGGCGUCCCGACGCCUAAGUUACGAUGGUACAAAGACGACAAGGAGAUCAAAGCCGGCGACAUAUUCGCGCUGACGGCAAAUUCCGAAGAAGACUGCCUGGGCAUUUACACGUGCGAGGCGACAAAUGUCAUGGGCACCGCGCUGUCUACGUCAAAAAUACAAGUGACUCACACGCCACUCGACGGAAACCACGACGCAGACAGUCUCAUACCAUAUGGGCCGCCACCGAAGUUCGCGAAAUUUUUAAAAAACGCGUCCGGUAAAGUCGGCAGCGUACUGUUUUUAGAAUGUCAAGUCGAUGUACCACCAUGGCCUCGAAGUAUAGGAUGGUAUAACGACAAUGGUAUAGUAAACGAAGGACCAUUGUACCACCUGUUGGCUGAUGGCUUGGGCAUGUAUGGCGUAGAGAUAAAAUCACUUAGAGCCGACCAUAGCACUACUUGGAAAUGUGUCGCUACUAGUUCAACGGGAGCGAAGGCUGUUACUUCCUGUGUGGUUUCGGUGUCAUACCCAAAGAAUUACCGGGUACCAAGAUUUUUAGAAAGCCUAAGAGCAAUCAUGACUGAUGAAGGUUUAGUUAGCUUUGAAUGCAAGGUCAUCGGAUACCCCACGCCACAACUCUUGUGGUUCAAAGACGGCAAGCAACUUCAACCCGGAGACGUUUAUGAGUUAACUGGGAGUAAAUCUUUAGGUAGCUAUUGUUGUGUCGCCCGAAAUUGCAUGGGCGAAACAAGUAGCCUUGCCGAACUUACAAUAGAAGACAUCCAAAAUCAAUUGAACGAAAGUGAAAAACUUCAAUUAACGUCAAACACACAGCCACCAAGAUUUAUAUUGGGACUUAAGAGUAUUGAGGCUAACAUUAAUGAAUCUUUUGUUUUUAUGAUAAAAGUCACAACUGAAUCUACACCUUCGAUCAGCUGGUAUAAAGAAGAUGAACAACUAACUGAAUCAAAUCGAUACCAGUUUUCUACUGAAGACAAUGGGACAUAUAUUCUAAACAUAGUGCCGCUCGAAAUUGACGAUCAGGCUGAAUGGAAGUGUGUAGCAAUCAACAAGUAUGGUCAAACUGCAACGUCCAGUUUCUUGAAGUUAAAUAUUCCAAAAAAUUUUAAGCGUCCGAGAUUCCUUGAGGAACUGAGAAUAGCGUUCUCAAACGAGGGUUCGGUAAACUUAGAAUGUAAAGUAAUCGGCGUCCCGCAACCGCAACUGAAAUGGUUUAAAGACGGCCAAGAGCUAAAUCCCGGCGACAUGCACAAAAUAAUUUCGGGACAAAGCGGUACGUGCUGUUUGGGUACUUACACUUGCCAGGCACACAACUGUAUGGGAACGGUGUCCAGUUCAGCAACACUAUUGACAAUGGAAGAUAAGUCCACGGUCAAAUCUUGCGCAUCGGAAGAGUAUUUAUCCGUCGGGAAUCCGCUUGUACGCAAUGAAUCCUUGUCGACAAUUCCGGAAGAGCGGACAAGCCAAAUGGAAAAAUCGUACACCAUUGAAGAACCUGCUGACAUAUCAUUUUCAUUUGACGGCAAAGAAGUGACCGUUUCGCUUUAUGAAACUCCAGACCUAACGCACGACGAAGCAUUGCAAAUCAUUGAAAUGUAUGCGGACGAACUUUCUGAACAUAUAUCAGAAGACAAUAUUGUUGAUUUGCCUUCGUUACGAAUUGUAAAAGAAUCGUCGAUUUCCGGCCCGGUUAUGAUGGAAGCUUUGGUUAUAGACGUACCUAUCGAUUUUUGUAGACAACAAACAGUAUCAGACACUGAAUUCGAUGGAGUUUCACUGACUGAAGACAUUACUCUUGCAAUUAACGAUAAAAGCGAAAGCAUAUGUGAAAAUAGUCUGGAAUAUUUUUCGGACCAUUUGUCGUCUGGAAAUUCGAAGCGUGAGGUAUUUUACAGUGCGAGUGAAACGACGCCUAAACAUUCAUCAGUGAUUUUAAAACAGCAAUCGGAAGACAAUGGCCAUCAGUCUUUUCAGACACCAAAACUAUUUAUGUCAGACUCCGACGAUCAGAUUUUAACGCAAUUGAAAUUAGACGAAAAACUUUUAUCCCAGAAUUCUAAACAUGUAACCGGACCAUUGGCUCGGUCUGAGAGCAAUAACACCGAAGAAGAAGUGUCUGAAACAUUGGCUGAAAUAGAAAACGAAACACCAUUAUCACAAAAUUAUUGUGCAUCUGAAAUCGUUACUCAAUCUGACGAAGAUGGAUUAUACUCAACAGUAUUGAACAAAAUACGUGGUAAGGGAAUGACAAGUGUGAUACUUAGUUCAGAAGAAGACGACGUUUUGAAAAUUAUUUCCAGACCAAACGUGGACGAAUUUUUAAAAUACAUGAAAAUUAUUUUGGAAGGUACAAUGGUAAAAAUGCGCACUCACGAAAAUUUUAAUUUCACUAGUAACACAACUGAACUUGAACGUUCGAUCCAAGCACUACAUUCACUUGCAUGGAAAUUCAUCGAAGAAACAGAGAGAAAUGAUGUUUCAGAGUUGGAAAAAAAUACGGCCGAUAAUGUGUCAAGUUUAAUGACUGCAAUAAACGCGAGUUUGUUAGCAUUAGAACAAAUCGAUGAUCCAUUUGGUGUUUCAGACAAUAUACUAAACGAAAUACAAUCAUCCGUAUGUUUUGAUUUAGAAACGCUUAACAAUAACAACCUUCCGGCUACAGAAAUUUUAGAUCGUUUGUCAGACCAAAUAAAUAACUUCACAAUUGUUGUCAAUAGACAGGUAGCCCGAGUUACAGAACAACGUAUUAUAGCUGUGUUACAAAACACAAUCGGCACUACUUUGGUAUACAUCAAAACACUACAGCAAAAUUGUUCUAAAAUAAAAUGCGUGGACAUAAAUUCAUUGGCCCCUUUAUUUUCAAUGGUACAACCAUUAGAAAAUAUUUUAAAUGACAUAGCUGUUAUGGAAGAGGCAUCAAUGGACGAUAACAAACCUAACUUUAAAUUAAAACAAAUAUUAAUACCCCCCAUUAGUUCUAUUGCGUUUGCUUUAGAUAAUUUAAAUACAGCAUUAAAAAACGAUAGUUCGGUUGACGAUCAGGAUUUGAAAGAUAUAUACGAUAGAAUAAAUGAAGCAACAAAUCAAUUUAUGACACUCGCUUCGCAUGGCAUGGAAAGUAAUAAAAUAGCUGAAUGUUUCAUAUCUUUCACAAAACCGAUUAACGAUUUAUGUUGUCAUCUGAGACGGUUAGGCAGAUCAACAGAAAAUAUUGUGUCUUCUGAUUACGGAUCUGACGAUAAACUAUUACUAGAUUUUGAGACGCUUUUCGAUGAAUUGAUGAUAGAUAUUGACACAUUAAUCAACAAUGUAAAUUAUGUUCAAGAUUCCGAAAACAAUAUGAAUCCCUUAGGAUCUUUAUUAGAACCAUUGCAAGACAUGAAAAUCGGGUUGUUCCAAGUUAAUCAAGUUUUGCUUUCAAACCAAACUGGUUCAACCAUGAGUUAUGAAGUUAUGAGUUGUUUUGAACAUUUAUCUCAGCAACUCGUUCAAUUGAACAAUUGUAUUGUGAAUCAAUCAAUAGUAGAAGAGACAGAUAAGGAAAUACCAUUUGAAUCUUCAAUAAAAAUGAUGCAAAACAUUCUAUUCGAUGAUGCUAUUGAUGAUUUAGGUGUAAAUGGAAUACUUUUUGGUAGUGUUAUGAAACCUCUUUUGCAACUUCAAAAUCUUAUUGUUUCAAAAAUGGCUUCAGUAGAAAGUGACCUUAGUUUUUCAGAACAUACUGAUGUUACUGGGGGGGCUUGUGACACACAAUCAUUGAGCUUAUCCUUGUCAAACAACGCACAAACCAUCUUAGAUAAAACUGCUAAUGAGAACUCUAAACAAGUAAUAAUUGAAUCAUCAAUCAUAGAUAGUUUAGAUAAAAAUUGUGAUAAACAAAAUAAUAUACAUAAGGAUACUUCCGGUAUAAAAAAAGAUUCAAUACUUUUUGAAAAUAACAUGAAUAAUGAUUUAGUUAUAAAAAGAGGUUUUGAAUGCGAUAUUGGGGAAACAUUCAAAUACGAUGAACCAAAUAUCAUAACAUCUGAAGAUGAUCGAGACAAUUCUGGUUUUGAAGCGCUGUUUGAUGAAACUGAUUUGGAAACGAUAAGUGAUUUUGUUGAAGAUGUAAGUUUGGAUAAUAUUAUGAAUUCUAAAGUUGAUCAUAAAUUAUCAGAUUUAUUAAUGAGUGAAAAAGAUAUUGAUACCAUGCACCAGAAAACCGAUGAUAUUAUUCCAGAACAUGUAUUAGAAUCAUUAGAAAAAAGUAACCAACAGGACUUAAUUUUAAAUUCACCAGUCGAUUUAUUCGAGGAACUUCAAGAAACAUUAAAAAAUAUGUCUGAAGUAGCACGAGAUGGAACAACAGAAAUUUUUGACUUGGAUAAUAAUACAUUAAACAUCAAUGAUUUACAAAAAAUUGAUUUGACCUAUACUAAUCAAAUUUGUGAUGAAACUAAUAACCUAUUAGACGGUUCAAUAGAUGUAGAUCAAAACGUUGAAAACGAAACGUUUAAAAAAAAAUCUAUAAGUAUUAGUGAUCAAAAUGCUUACAAAGAAGAGCAAGUGUUUGAAAUAGGACAGGACGCAGAUUUCGUUGAGAAUUUAGAAUGUUUAGACUCUGAUAAAUCAAUAUCUAAUAAUACGGUUAUUACAGUCAAUGAAAUUUCUGAUUCAAGUGAAGUUAAAAUGAAAAGAACUGAUAUUACGAACAAUUUAGAAACUGUUGUUGAUCUACUUGAAUCUAAAACUGAAAAUAUUUCCCAAACAGUAGAUAAUGUGCCGGAUAAAAAUGAACCUUUAAUUACCUCUGUAGAUGUCGCGAAUAAAAAUGAAUGUUUAAUUACAUCUUUACAUAAUGUGGUGUCAAAAAUAAAUGAUAAUAAUGCAGAUAUAACUACUUCAUCCGAUUUGAAAAAUGAAACUUUGGAUUCAGUACUAUCAAACGAAUUAAAUUCUGCUGAAUCUAUUAAAAAUAUAACAAUUAUUUCAAGUGAAGAUAUUGUGAUUGAUACAAAUAAGUUCAACGAAUCCGAGAAAAUGGAUACUAUAAAUAAUUAUAAUGAUGCAGAAAAUGAAGAUACAAUGUUAAUAAAAGAAGUUGAAAUACUAUCAAUCACGGAAAAAUGUUCACACAAGUCAUUUCCACAAGAUGACGCUGUCGUAAAUGAAAUUGAUGCUAUUCAUAAUUUAGAAACGGAUGCAGUCAUUCAAGUAGCACAAACUAGAAAUGAAAAUGAAUACAACACGGAAAAAGAUGAAGAAAGUAUUUUAAUAGAUAAAUGCUACAAUGCAACAGAAUUAAAUGAAGGGUUAGGAACAUUAAUAGAAGAAAAAAAUGUUAUAACACCAGAAAUUAAUUUAAUGAUCGAAGAUUAUAAUUCUUCGAUUAUUGAAGAAAUAUCCAACAAAAUAAAACAAUGUGAUGAUAAUGAUUUAUUAAAUAAAAGUAUUUACGCCGUUGAAGAAAGUGUAAUACCUGCAAACGAACCGAAGUCUUCCAUAGUUGAUGUUAAUUUAAUAACAGUCUUGGAAGAUUAUAUAAGUAAGGGCAUCACUGAAGAACAAAAUUGUGGAAACGAAAAUUUGAGUUCGUUAAAAAAUAAAAAUAAUGCUUCUGAUACAUUUGAAACUAACCAAGAUGUCAAUUUGGAUAAACAAUUACAAUACGAUUUACAACCAAAUGUAAAUCAAACUUUAACAACUGAUAAUAAACAAAUUGUUCCUAAUUGUACUAAUUGUGAAAAUGUGGUGAACCCGAUAACAGAACUAAAUGUUCUUAAAACUAAAGAAUAUAUUCUUAUGAAAAAUGAUAAAAAUGAAAGUGAAUUAAUUAAUGAAGAAUCUUUAGAUAAUAAUCAACAAAAUGCUCUUUUUGUUCAAGAAAGUAACAUUUUACAACAGUCUAAUAAUGAAAAAAAAUAUGACAAAGAAUUAAAUGAGCAAUGUGAAAUAGAUAUGAAAUUGAAUAAUGAAAUAGAAUGUAUUAGUUCAAAAAUAGAUUUACCAACAGAGAUAAUUUAUGCAGAAAAUGAUAUUGAUGUUAGAAAUGCUGUCCAACAGUGUGUCUUAGAUGGCACACAUAAUAUUAUUGAUGAUAUAUCUAUAACACAAUAUAACGUCGACAAUAAGUGUGUUGAUUUUAUGUUGCCAGUUACUGAAUUGAUGACUCAAUCAUUUGGAUCUAGUAUACUGGACAAGCAGUUAAUAAUAACUAAUCAAAAUGUUGAAGAAAAUCAAAACACAGCUGAAAAAUCAAAACAACAAUUUGAAAACCGUUUUGAAAGUAAUGACAUUAUUGAUGACGUAGCAGUUAAAUCUAAAAAUGAUGUAAUCAAUGAUUUUAAAUGUUCAGUUGAUUCGACUUUAAAUGAAAAAGAAACUGUUUCUGAUGAGAAAAUUAAUUCUGAAAACAAAACAACAGAAAUUGUAAUGAACGAUGAAGAAAAGUCCAUCAAUACAAUAAUCAAUAAAUCGUAUGAAAAUUUAACACAAUCUACUAUUUUUGAAAAUAAUGACACAACUCCAUCGGAAAAAACAUUAAUAAAUAGUGAAAUAAUUACAUUGGAGAGCACACAAUCAAUUGAUCCAUGUAAAUUUGACGAAAAUCAAGUUAAAAUACAACUCAAAGAAAAUGUAGAUUCCAAAUAUGAACAUACAGUUUCAGAUGAUAAAGAUAAUAUGAUAAAUAAUUUAGAACAUUUAGAAGCUAAAAACGAAAUUAUAUACUUACCAGAUGGGAUGAUAAAGAAGGACGAAGAAAAAUCACCUAGAGAAAUUCAAUACAUACAAAAUGAUGAGACUAAGUCGAUUAAUGAAUCGACAAAUAUCGUCGUUGAACAAAUCACUGCUUUAAUAGGUAAUGAAACGAUUUCAGCAUCCAACGCUCAACCACUAGAUACAGUUAUAAUUAAUUUUGAAAAUAUCAAAGAACAAGUAAUUGUAGAAGAUGUAAUCGAUACCGUAGAGAACAAAAAUCAGCAAAGAAAUGAUGUGGAAAAAAUAUCAAAAACCAACAUAGACAAAGUAGAUAAUUUAAAAAUACUUGGUUCGGAAAUAAACUAUUUACCCCCUGACAAUGACCAAAUUGUAGAUUUACAUGAUACCAAAAACGACUUAUCUAAACAUAAAUGUUCAUUUUUUGUCAAAGAAAAUACAGAAGAUUAUAAUGAAAUCACUAGUCACCCAAAUACAUGUAUUGAAAUCUCAAAUGAAAAUAACGCGAAUCAACAUAAGGAAUUUACUGAAUGUGAAUCAAAGGUCUUAGGGAACUUUGAAACUUUAGAAACACUUUCAGAUGAAGAAACUCUGAAAACAAAUACAGUAAGCAACGAAGAGAAAUUAAAUAGAAAUGAAGACAAUUUAAAAACAAACAAAACAGGCGAACAAAACCGAAUUGAAAAUAAUACAAAUGAAGAGAAAAGUCCAAUUUUAAUCGAUGUAUGUAAAUCAUUGGAAAAUGAUAAAGCUCUGGCUAAUGAUAAAAAUCGAAUAAUAUGCAUAUGUGAUACAAAACUUGAAAAUGUAAAUGAAAAACUUACAGAAAAUUUAGAAAAUAAUCAAGACAUUUCUGAAAACAAUUUUGGAAAAUCGUUAGACUAUUUAGGAGAUACAGAAGAUUUAAAAACAUAUGAAAUAAAUACCGAAGAAAUUAAAGAAGAAUUAAUAAAUUUUAAGGAUCUUGCGAUAUCAAAGAUUAAAUUAGAAACAAUUAUUGAUAAUACUCCAAGAGUUGACUCUAACGAAAGUACAAAACAAAUAGAAAAUUCAAUAUUUAAAAAUCCAUCAAAGUUAGUAAUAGAUAAACUAAAUAUCUCAUCAGAAACUCCUAAAAGUGAAUGUAUAUCUAUCAAUAAAGAUAUUGAUGAUAUAAAUUUAGAAAGUUUUAAUUCCAAUAUUUCUGUUACUGAAACUUUGCAGAUUAAUGCUAAAGUUGAUAUUAUAGAUCAACAUGCAGAUAUUUCCAAAACUGGAACACAAGAUACAGCAGACGUCAGCAAGGAAAGAGCAAACGUAGUAACAAAAGAUUAUUCUGAUGAUAAUCAUAAUUGUGAAAGUACUUUACCUAUAAGUGAAAUUCAAGAAAACAAAGAGAGAAAUACUUUAAACGACAAUAAAGAAAAUGAACACUCCAAUACAACACCUGAUACUAAAAAUAUUUAUGAAGAUAAAUUGAUAAACAAAGUGAAAAUUAAUGAUGAGAUUAAUAUUGUUACUGCUCUUGAAAAUAAAGCCAGUCUUCUAAAUGAUUUUAUGUUUGAAAGUGAAACUAGUGAUUUGUCUACCGAAGAACCAUUCAAUAUUCUUUCUAUAAUGCCAAAAUUGCAUUGUGUAGAAAAAAUUGCAGCUAAUGAAACUGAAUGCGUGAUGUUAGAAAAUAUAAACAUCUUAAAACAAAAUGAACUGAAUGCUGCAGAAAAUAUUAACCAACAUGCACAAGUAGAACACGAAUUAAACAUCGCUGCAAUCGGAAACAUAAUUAUAGAUUACGAUAGUAUAAAAGAAAUUUCUUUAACUGCAGGUGAAGAAAAAAAAAGUAUAGAAAAGGCAACUAUGGCUCUAACUUUGGACGACAAUUCAUUUGAAAUCGUAUCUACUAAUGUCGAUAUUUUAGAUGGGCCUAUUAAAGAUAUGACGAUAAAAGAGGAACAGAUUGUAUAUUCAGACACUGAUGAAUCGUCUACAAUUUCUACAAGAUCGACCAAACUUUUAAGUGAAAACAAUAAUCCUGAAGACAUGGCAGUUAAUAUAUUAAAUGAUCCAAUUCAAAAUACAGAUAAUUUGGUCAAAGAAAAUGUAGAUUCUAAAAUCCCAUCGUUGAAUAAAACAACAGAAAUAUUGAACGACGACACACAUAAUCAAGAAAAUUUAGGUUUAAAUAAGGAGCAGAGCGAAUUAGUUGAUAAACUACAACAAUCAAUAAAAAAUCAAAAUCAAAUAUUUGAAUCGUCAAUAUCUGUAGAAGAAAAUGACACCAUAGAUAAAGUUAAAAGUGGUGUUUCGAUUACAAAAAUCAAGACAACAAAUGAUGAAAAAACUACUGACACAAAAGAUAUUGUGGAUAUAAAUCGGAAAUUGAUUACUAAAUCAAAAGAAUCAACAACAAAUGAUAUUGGUGCAAGUGAAAAUAAAAUUGACAUAAAUAAAACCAUUAAUGAAACUAUAGACCUAACAAAUAAAGAGUUAUCACAUGACAGUAAAAACACUGAAAAAGUAGGGGUUAAAUUAGAUAACUUAGAUGCAGAAAUUGCUUCAGACAAUAAUAAAAAUCCAGAAGUAAUAAUUGAAUUUAGUACAAAUAAUCAAAUAAAAUCGAAAGAAAUUAAUGUUGAAAAAGACAAGACAAAGCGAGGAAUUAAGAAAAAUAAAUCAAGCGCUCAGCAAGAUGAUAAAAAAUCACCUUCGCCGGAUACCACGAAAAGUAAUAUUGAUAUUAGUGAAAUAAACAUUGACGAAACCAAAGUCAUCGAUAAAAGUAUUGAAGAAAUUAAUGAAAAAUUGUCAGAUGACAAUGAAGAUAUUGAAAAUGUUGGCGUAAAAUUGGAUAAAAUAUGUCCAGAAAAUGUUUCAGACAAUAAUAAAGCUUCAGAAGAAAUAAUUGAAAAAGACGUUUCAAAUGUUGAUAAAAAUCAAAAAGACAAUGAAAUUGGUACAUACAACCAAAUAAAAUCAACAGAAAAUGUUGUAGAAAAAGACAAGACAAAGCGAGGAAGUAAGAAAAAUAAAUCAAACUCUCAGCCAGAAAAUAAAAAAUCACCUUCACCGGAUAUCAUUAAAAGUAAUACUAGUGUUAAUGAAUUAAACAUUGACACAACAAAAGUUAUCGAUAAAAGUAUUGAAGAAAAUAAUAAAAAGCCGUCGGAUGACAUAGUCAAAAUUACAUUGAAUAAAAUAGAAACAGCAAUUCCUUCAGACAAUAAUAAAGUACCAGGAGAAAAAAUUGAAAAAGACUUUUCAGAUGUUGAAACAAAUGAAAAUCCGAAGAACAAUGAAAUUGGUACAGACGAUAUAAUAAGAUCAACAAAAGAUGUUGAAGAAAAAGACAAGACAAAACGUGGAAGUAAGAAAAAGAAGUCGAGUCCUCAACCGGAUGAUAAAAAAUCCCCUUCACCAGAAUCAACAAAAACUAAUAUUAGUGUUAGUGAAAUGAACAUUGAUACAAUAAAAGUAAUCGAUAAAAGUUUUGAAGAAAACAAUAAAAAACUGUCAGAAGACAUAGUCGAAAUUAAAUUGGACAAAAUAGAGCCAGUAAUUCUUCGAGACAAUAAUAAAAGUCUAGAAGAAAUCUUUGAAAAAGACGUUUCAAAUGUCGAUAAAAAUGAAAAUCAAAAGAACAAUCAAAUUGGUACAGAUAAUCAAAUAAAAUCUACAGAAAAUGUUGUAGAAAAAGACAAGACAAAACGUGGAAGUAAGAAAAAGAAAUCAAGCCCUCAGCCAGAUGGUGAAAAAUCACCUUCACCGGAUACCAUUAAAAGUAAUAUUAGUGUUAAUGAAUUAAACAUUGACAUAACAAACGUUCUUGAUAAAAGUAAUGAAGAAAUUAAUGAAAAAUUGUCAGAUAACAAUGAAGAUUCUGAAAAUGUUGGCGUUAAAUUGGACAAAAUACUACCAGAAAUUGUUCCAGACAAUAAUAAAGUUCCAGAAAAAAUAAUUGAAAAAGACGUUUCAAAUGUCGAUAAAAAUGAAAAUCAGAAAAACAAUCAAAUUGGUACAGAUAAUCAAAUAAAAUCUACAGAAAAUGUUGUAGAAAAAGACAAGACAAAACGUGGAAGUAAGAAAAAGAAAUCAAGCCCUCAGCCAGAUGGUGAAAAAUCACCUUCACUGGAUACCAUUAAAAGUAAUAUUAGUGUUAAUGAAUUAAACAUUGACACAACAAACGUUCUUGAUAAAAGUAAUGAAGAAAUUAAUGAAAAAUUGUCAGAUAACAAUGAAGAUUCUGAAAAUGUUGGCGUUAAAUUGGACAAAAUACUACCAGAAAUUGUUCCAGACAAUAAUAAAGUUCCAGAAAAAAUAAUUGAAAAAGACGUUUCAAAUGUCGAUAAAAAUGAAAAUCAGAAGAACAAUCAAAUUGGUACAGAUAAUCAAAUAAAAUCUACAGAAAAUGUUGUAGAAAAAGACAAGACAAAACGUGGAAGUAAGAAAAAGAAAUUAAGCCCUCAGCCAGAUGGUGAAAAAUCACCUUCACUGGAUACCAUUAAAAGUAAUAUUAGUGUUAAUGAAUUAAACAUUGACACAACAAACGUUCUUGAUAAAAGUAAUGAAGAAAUUAAUGAAAAAUUGUCAGAUAACAAUGAAGAUUCUGAAAAUGUUGGCGUUAAAUUGGACAAAAUACUACCAGAAAUUGUUCCAGACAAUAAUAAAGUUCCAGAAAAAAUAAUUGAAAAAGACGUUUCAAAUGUCGAUAAAAAUGAAAAUCAGAAGAACAAUCAAAUUGGUACAGAUAAUCAAAUAAAAUCUACAGAAAAUGUUGUAGAAAAAGACAAGACAAAACGUGGAAGUAAGAAAAAGAAAUUAAGCCCUCAGCCAGAUGGUGAAAAAUCACCUUCACUGGAUACCAUUAAAAGUAAUAUUAGUGUUAAUGAAUUAAACAUUGACACAACAAACGUUCUUGAUAAAAGUAAUGAAGAAAUUAAUGAAAAAUUGUCAGAUAACAAUGAAGAUUCUGAAAAUGUUGGCGUUAAAUUGGACAAAAUACUACAAGAAAUUGUUCCAGACAAUAAUAAAGUUCCAGAAAAAAUAAUUGAAAAAGACGUUUCAAAUGUCGAUAAAAAUGAAAAUCAGAAGAACAAUCAAAUUGGUACAGAUAAUCAAAUAAAAUCUACAGAAAAUGUUGUAGAAAAAGACAAGACAAAACGUGGAAGUAAGAAAAAGAAAUCAAGCCCUCAACCAGAUGAUAAAAAAUCACUAUCAUCUGACACCACAAAUAGUAUUAUUAGUGUCAGUGAAAAUAAAACUGACACAACAGUUAUCGAUAACAGUUAUGAAGGGAAAAAUAAUACACUGUCAAAUCAUUUUAAAGACACUGAAAAUAUAGAAAUUGAAUUAGAUAAAUUAGAACCGAAAAUUGAUUCAAAAAAUAAUAUGAUUGCGGUAAGAGUUACUGAAACAGAAGUUUCUACUGAUAAAACAAAUAAUCAGAAAAAUAUCAUGAUUGAUUCAGAUGACAAUACAUUGUUGGAUAAUGGAAUAGAUAAGAAACAGAGAGGAAGUAAGAAAAAGAAAACGAUUCCAGAGCAUGAAUACCAGAUACCAGAUACCACAAAAAAUAAAAUUGACUCAACAAUUAUCGAUGUAACUAUCGAAGACGACAAUAGAAAAAUAUCAGAUAAUAAUAAAAACUAUGCAGCAGACGGAACUAAGGUAGAACCGGAAACGGCAUCAAUUAAUAAUAAAAGUAUGGUAGAAAUAAUUGAAAAAGACUUUUCGAAUAAUACUCAAUCUAAAAAUUGGAAUAGCGACAAAAUCGGUACUGCCGAUAAAAUAGAAUCAACAGAAGAAGAUAAGACAAAAUCAGAGAACAAAAAAUCUACUUCACCCGAUAAAAUAAAUAAAAAAUCCAAUGAAAAACUUGAAAUUAAUAAUGAAAUUGAAAAAAACGAAAACACAAUUUCAGAUUUAAGAGUAAAUUUCACAGAACAGUUACCUAACAGUAACAUAGUAUUGGAAAAGAUGGAAAAAGGGCGCGGAAUAAGAUCUUUAGAGAAUAAUAUCGACACUAUUGGAAGGAGCAAAAAAAAUAUAAUUGAUACACAUUUAUUAAGCAAUACAGACAAAUGUGUGACGGAUAAUAAUAAAAAAGAACGAGGAAGUGUAAAACAAGAAACGAGUACUAAAUCACCUUUACUGGUAAAAUCUGUAAGAACGAACACAGAAGUUAACGAAAAUGUUGAUGUGAAACCAAAUGAUAAUACCACACAUUUUCUUACAAGUAACAAAAAGGUACGAACAUUGAGUGGGAUGACUGAACAUGACAUUGUCGACGUACCGGAAAUCCGGAGCUCGGAUAAACGUCCAGUUAAUCGUUAUCUACUGGACGUGACUGACGCACAUAAGUCACGCCCAAAUAGCCUGGCGUACAGAUCCCUGACGCCGGACCCACUGACUUUGUACAGAUCCUUGACGCCUGACCAUAUGAGCUCAUACAGAUCUCUGACGCCGGAGUGUCCGUCUUACAGAUCAAGCCUAACACCGAGGUCUAAGUACGCAACAUCGACAAGAUAUGCGGGUUCAUCAGACAGGGAUCUAUACGGUGGUAACAGCAGUAGCCACAGCAGCAGAAGCAGUAGUCGAUCUACGAGUCCUUAUCCACCAGAGUCGAGGAUUUCAGCCCGAAGUCUUUGGCCGCCUACCAACUUGGCGGCGUACCGGUGCCUUUCGGAGACAUCAAUUCCUCUCAGUUCAAGGCGUAUGGAAGUAGAGGCGACUUCCAGUUGGCCGCACACGAGCUAUGGUGUGACCACUCGGAGACGCAGGGGCUCUGACAGUUUUCUGCACGAUUCAGGAGUACGGGACGGAGGUUACUAUUCGAGUUGGAGAUUGUCUGACGGCCGAGCAGCAAUACACAGUGCUACCGAAGACCUUUACCGGACAAAGGAAGCGUUCAAAGGUCUGUACUUCUGCGUUCGGAUGAUAGAUCAAACCGUGUCAUCUGGCGCUCGGGUUAAGUUCUGGUGCAGCGUCAUCGGCCAUCCAGAACCACGUGUUCAGUGGUAUCGAGAUGGUCAGAAACUCAACAGUUUCACGUACAAUUCUUCCGCGAGGUAUCAGACAAAAUACGACGGGGGUUUGGCCCAACUGAUCGUCGACAACGCCCAGAGUGGUGACUCCGGCGAGUACACAUGCGUGGCCACCAACGGCCGUGACCGAAUAUCCACCACCGGAUUUCUGACGGUAUAUACGUCACCGUCGGUUUUCAGGAAACCUCUGCUACAGCCAUCGCUGUCUGUCGACGGUAUCGAGUCCGGCCGUGGGCUUUACUCUCGGACCAGCCACGAUUUCCGGUUAUCUGCAAACGACAAGUUUGAUUUCGGGUGCCAGAAGUUUGGCGGUGACUUGGCCACCAGACGCCCUGAGUAUCCAAAGUUCGUGUCCAGCAUAAUCGCUGACGACGUGGCGACUUAUGGUGGUACGAUCGCUCUCCAGGUCCGAGUGCAAGGUUCCCCGGUGCCUAAUGUUACGUGGAUGCGCGAAUCUAAACCACUACCGCGGUUAUCGAGCAAGUACGUUUACCUGGAUGAGGGUGGGCUGUACACGCUGCUGGUAAUGGACAGCACGGUCCGGGAUGGCGGAAAGUACGUGUGCCGCGCGUGCAACCUUUACGGGGUGGCGGACACGGAAAAGGCAGUUAGGGUGGUGUCACCGCAGGACUACACAGACCGCAGGGGCGUGAAACCGGCCAUUAUCGUGUCAAGACCUAACGACCGGCUGAAUGUGGCCGUCGGCGAGGACAUUACCGUCACCCUCCGGGUGGCUGGUGAACCGAAACCCAAAGUCAUAUGGAUGAGAGGUUCGAGGGACGUGACAUUCCUCGACCGAUCGCUAAAGGAGACGGUCAACGACUACGUGAUGUUGUCGAUCAAAAAGGCUCAACCGUCGGAUGCCGGGACGUAUUUUAUUAUCGCUAAAAACGUGUACGGAUCUGAUAGGGCGUUUGUCACCGUCGGGGUGAGAAAACGUGCGAGAUCGUUGACACCACCGCAAAUCAGAAAUACGAUCGGCCGGUGGUUUGGGCCGGCGGGCGGCGGCGGCGGUAGAGGAGGAGGAAGAGGAGGCUGCGCAAACAACGAAGUUCCGGGCCCCGUGCGCAGCGAACCGACGGUGACGGACCGGACCAACAACCGGAUAUCGUUGCAGUGGGACAGACCGGAAAAACCGGAAACAGUGCUCGUCUACAGGGUGGAGACGCGAUCGGCGGAUGAGGAAUGCUGGCGACAGGUCGGUAUGACUCCCACAAACGCCAUAGACGUGUACAACCUGAAACCGGGUUACCGGUAUCAGUUCCGCGUAGCAGCCCGCAACAGGUUUGGAUGGAGCCAACCAGUGGCCAGCGAGGGGUACGUGGACGUUUUCGAGCCGAAGUGUCUACCGGAAUUCCGUCAACCAUUGCCUGGGCAAACCCGGGUUUUACUGCGACACAGCGCAACUUUACAAUGUCACGUACGAGGUGUUCCGGAGCCGCGGGUGAGGUGGUUCAAAGACGGCGAACCUUUGCUGGCGUCGGACAGACACGCGGUCGGGCGCACGGAUGGAGGAAAGUGUACGCUGACGAUCGCGGACGCAGUGGACUGUGACGCGGGUCGGUACUCUUGCGAAGCCGUCAACGACCAGGGGAGGGUGUGCACGUUGACCGUCGUCCAAGUGAUAGCCAACCGCAAGAUUGUGGAGGCGGAACGGAGGCUUCAAGGGUGUCUGAUGAAAAACAAUGACUUCAAAGAAUCGGCUCCAGUAUUCACCAAACAUCUGAUCGACCGAAGAGUGGAUAUCAAUUCUACGGUCCGGUUGUCGUGUCAAGUUAACGGGUUACCCACGCCGUUGGUUCUGUGGUACAAGGAUGGUCGGCCAGUAGACUUUGCGAGUGGAACGGAGGGUGACAGGAAACUGCCGGUCAGGGACGAUUCGGACGACUUCUACACCCUGGAGCUGACCAGAGUCAAGUACGACGACAGCGGUACUUAUGCGGCGGUGGCGUCCAACGCGAUUGGGAAGGCAUCCACGCGGUGCGUGUUGGAAGUGUUCAACAAGAACCGCACCGACCCUGCGGUACCGUCGUUCGUUUUCGGUCUACCGCCGACCAGCGAAGCUGUAGACUCGAUCGUUUUGAGCGCACAAAUCGACGCGUAUCGUCCCGUCAAAGUCGAAUGGUUCAGAGACGGACUUCAAUUAAGAAACGGACGGAGAGUAGACAUAAUUACUGAUCACGAUGGAAACCUAGAACUUAGGAUAGCGUGUGUAACAAACCGGGAUUCAGGUACUUAUAUGUUGAGAGUGUCAAAUGACACUGGCACGGUAGAAAGUCGUUGCGAAGUCAAUGUGGUGGAACGUGAACAUAAAGACACAGGGAUGGAGCAGAUCUCUUUGAUUAAUCAUUUAUAUUCAAAAAAACCAAAGUUCGUCGUAAAACCAAAAUUUCAAGAAGUAGAAGAAGGCCAAGAAGUGAUAAUCGAUUCAGAAAUCGUGGGUGACCCAUUGCCGAAAAUUACGUGGCUCAGGGACGGUUUAAAGCCGGAAUAUUAUCGUGACAAUUCAGAGUUUUUGUGCGUAUCUAACGGAAAUCGUUAUCAGCUGAAAAUUCCUCACGCCAAACUGACACAUACGGGGACAUACACGCUACUGGCCGCCAAUCCGCAUGGACAGAUCAAAGCGCUAAUAUCUCUCCAAGUCUACUCGACAGGACACUGCAAGAAAAAAAUGGAAAAUGGGACCAACCACGCAACGGUGGAAAGAUUACCGAGAAUAAGUCGAGGGCUGGUCGACAUCGAGUGCCGGGAGAACGACAGUGUAUCGUUUGAGUGCAAGUUGAACAUCACUCAAGAGACGGACAUUAGAUGGCAAAAAGACGGCAAAUUGGUGAGAUUAGGCAAACAUAUUAAGUCUCAGCUGAUCGACGGCGAUACGGCUCGUCUCGACAUAUCCACUGCGAGCCCGCUGCACGAAGGACUAUACACUUGCACAGCUUUCAACGAACUGGGGCAAGACUCGACGUCGGCGCGACUGGUACUGUUGUCGGAUUCGCAAGAGACCGCCAAGGCACCCCAGUCGAACGGACAGCGAAAUACCAUGCUCAAUUCACCAAUACUAGCAGGUGAAACGAACGACAGAUGUACCAAACGGUUGAAGCGAAGCAGCGCGCCGAAAUUUUACGCCGUACUUCACGACCGGAUCGCCGACGUCGGCGAGACGGUUCGGUUCCUGUGCAGCGUGUCCGGUCACCCACCGCCGUGGUCGUCGUGGGAGAAGGACGGCCAGCCAAUCGGCGUCAAUAGCAGGAUGAGAAUUCGCGAGGAAGACGACCACCGGUCGUUGGAGAUAUGCGACGUCACCUCCGACGAUGCAGGCCUCUACCGAAUCACCGUCGAGAACAAAUUCGGAAAAAUCCAAGCCACAGCCCGUCUCGAAGUGUUGACACACAAUCAAACCACAAACGACGUUCAAAUCACAUCAUCAUCUAACGGCAGGAGACAGUCCGGGUCGGCUGCUUGUGCGGGUGAAAAUUUUACUCUCAGCUGUGACAUAAGGGGGAACUCCAUGUCUGACGUUACCUGGUAUAAGGAUGACGAGAAAAUCAAGCCCGACGGCAGGGUGACUUCGUCCCUGGACGAUCUGGCGGCCAGACUUUCGAUAUCGAACUUGGAGUCGGCGGACACGGGUGUGUACACGUGUGUGGCGAGGUGCGAGUCCGGCGUCACCAGGUGCUCGACGGAAUUGUGCGUUUUCGACACGAAACCGGCCACUGACUCGUAUCUACAACCUCCGAUAUUCGUCGAGGGUCUUGUUCCUAAACGCACCGCUGACGAAGGCGAACCGGUCCAGUUGACCGUAAGACUCCAAGGUGCAGUUCCUAUGAGCGCCUCGUGGUUUAAAAACGACGUGCCCGUUCCCGACUGCGCGGACUUUGAGUACGUAGUGGGCGACGACCGUGGCGAAUUCAGCCUGUCGAUUACCGACCCUUUCGUCAAGGACAGCGGCACUUAUAGUUGCAAAGUGGCCAACUCGUUUGGACAGGCCGUGUCAAGCGGACAACUCAUUAUAAACGAAAUGUCCAGCGAACAUCAGGUGCCAAUUGUCGUCGAACUGAACAACAAUCUGCAGGACGUUGUAGAAAAGACCGCGGACGAUUCCACGGUCGUCACCGGAACCGCACUUCCGGCAUCCAUACUCAGGGGGCCAUGUGACACGACCGUCUUGCGUGGCGCCAAAGUCGUCUUGGAGACGUCUUACCAGGGCGAUCCCGAACCCUGCGUCCAGUGGCUCAGAGCGGGCAAAGUGUUGGAGUCCAACGCGCAUCUGUGCAUAACCAACGAGCGCGGCGUGUCCAGUCUGACGAUCGACUCAAUCACGGCCGACGAUUGUGGCAAGUACGUCGUUCGCGUCGACAACGGACACGGUAACGAUUUCCACUACGCCUCUGUCGCCGUCGAAGGACCUCCGGACCCACCGGCAGGCAGACCUGUUGUCUCCGUGUCAGAGACUAGUGCGGACGUAACGUGGUCCAGUCCGGCGUACGACGGUGGGUGCAUGGUCACCGGUUACGGCGUGGAAGUCCGACCGUUCAACCAGUCCGAUUGGAAACUAGUGGCCGACAAGUGUCACUCGUUAUCUCAUAUUGUCCGGGGUCUGGCACCCGGCGAGUCUUACGUGUUCAGAGUCCGAGCGGAAAACAUGCACGGAUCGAGCGAGGCGAGCUUAGAAUCCACACCGGUGUACAUACUGCAAACUGAUUAUGGAAACACGCUUUGGCCAAAAACAGUAAACAUAGAAAAUGGUGAACAAUUCGAUGGGCAAUACGAAGUACUGGAUGAACUUGGAAAAGGCAGAUAUGGGGUCGUGUAUAAAGUUAAAGAACGUGAGACCAACAAAUAUUACGCUGCCAAGUUCGUCAGGUGCAUCAAGUCAACGGACAAGGAAAAAGCCCAAGAAGAAGUCGACAUAAUGAACUGUCUGCGACACCCGAAACUCUUACAGCUCGACGCAGCUUUCGACAAGCCAAGAGAAGUGGUCUUGGUCACCGAAUACAUUUCCGGUGGUGAACUGUUCGAAAGAGUGGUGGCCGACGACUUCACGCUCACAGAAAAAGAUUGCAUUCUGUUCACCAGACAGAUAUGCGAAGGCGUGGACUACAUGCACAAGCAGAACGUCGUGCACUUGGAUUUAAAGCCGGAAAACAUCAUGUGCCAGUCGCGGACCUCGCACUACGUCAAGCUCAUAGACUUCGGGUUGGCGCAGAAAAUCGUACCGGGACAGCCGAUGCGAGUGCUGUUCGGCACGCCCGAGUUCAUCCCGCCCGAGAUCAUCGGCUACGAGCCCAUCGGCCUCGAAUCGGACAUGUGGUCCGUGGGAGUGAUCUGCUACGUGCUACUGUCCGGUCUGUCGCCGUUCAUGGGCGACAACGACCCCGAAACGUUCACCAACAUAACGAAAGCCGAAUUCGACUUCGACGACGAGGCCUUCGACGCCGUCUCUCAGGACGCCAAGGACUUCAUAAGCGCGCUGUUGAUCAAACGCAAAGAGUUAAGACUUACUGCCAGAGAAUGUCUGAAACACAAAUGGCUGGCGCAACAGGACAUGGACAUGAGUUGCGUGAUUCUGAGCACGGAUAAACUUAAAAAAUUCAUCAUCCGUCGAAAAUGGCAGAAAACGGGCAACGCAAUCCGUGCUCUGGGCAGGAUGGCCACUCUGUCAGCGGCUAGCAGACGUGGUGUCAGCGGGGGUAGCAGUGCUGGAGGAGGAGGUGGAGGAACGGGAGGUGGAUGCGGAACCGGAAGCGUUUUACAAAAGCUAAAAAUGGCUUGCCUGAGAGAAGAAGAGUCGGCCGGCGAGGCACCUUUGGAAACUCUGCAAGAAAUUGCGAUAACCGAAACAACGAAAAACGGUAGUGGCCAUAGGUCUUGUGACGCUCGCAGCGACAGUGGAUUUAGUGAUUGUCCAUCUUUAGCGUCACCUACUGCGACGCUCGUCCGGCCGACAAAAUGCCCAUCUGCCAUAUCCGAAGAAAUGCCACCGGUUUCCGACCAGGAUCGUUCUCCUCCACCACCCUCUCAUGGUUCUUCUUCACCCGUCACUCGUCGUUCUCCUUCUCCUAUCACUCAUCGUUCUCCUUCUCCCGUCACUCAUCGUUCUCCAUCUCCACCACUCACCGGUCGUCCUUCUUCUCCAGCCACUCGUCGUCCUCCUUCUCCCGCCACUCGUCGUCCUACUUCUCCCACUACUCGUCGUCCUCUUUCUCCCGCCACUCAUCGUCCUUUUUCACCCUCAACUCGGCGACCCUUGUCUCCUACAACACGUGGUUCAUCUUAUACAGCAGCUCGUGGACCUUCUCCUCUGGCAACUCAUCUCCGUUCUCCUCUUCCGCGAAACCGUCGUGACGCCACUCAUCCCGUUCAUGACGUACCACUGCCCGCAGGUACCGGAGUCAGUGGCAUGUGCAAGACAAACCGGAUAAUCUUUGACAACGGACGGCGUGACGGCAAUGCAUCAUCGCCUGGUAUUGGCGGCGGCGGCGGCGUUCAGCGUAAGGAACCCAUUCGCAUACAGACGGCCGACAAUUUCCAAAAGGCUGUCGCAUUUUGGAAACAAUAAAAUAUUAUAUUAUUUUAUAACAAUACAUGGUGAUUACGUCACCCUCUUAGAUCGGGUGUGUUUUUUUUCUCUAACUAAUCAUUAUAAUAUGCUAUUAUCAAACUAUUAUUAUACAUUCAUUAUUAUACCUACCUACAUAUUAUAUCGUUUUGGAUAGUAAGACAUCUCGUUUUCACUUUUCAACUGUUUUUUUUUUUUAAAUUUACUUUUAUUUUAUACCUUAGAUAUGAUAUUUUACGUGUUAUUUCAUUAUUGCCAAAGCUUAGACAUUUAAUUUAUAAGUGUACAUAUUAAUAUUAUUAUCACAUAGCGGUUUGAUAUAAUUCGAUGAACCGUUUUUCGCAUUUCAUUUUGUUAUAUUAUACACACGUGCCAUUGACCGUUAGCCGUUUAUACAAAUAUAUAUUAUUUACUAUUUUAUUAUUAUACACAAACAUACCUAUUUUAUCCAUCAUCGUGGCUCGCUCAUUAUUACCGAUAGGCCUGUGUUAUUGUUAUAUCAUAUAGGUGUCUUUAAUAACAACAAUUUUGUAAGUCUGCUUUUUAUUGUUCACCGUCGGGAUGUUUGUAUUUUUAUGUUCUUUUUCGUGUGUAAACUUUUACAAUAAAUUAUACAUAAUAUAAUA